AUGCCCUGUCUGAUCCUGACGGGCCACCCAUGUGUGGGCAAGACUACCUUGGCAGAGGUUAUCAAGGAACGAGCCCUGCAACACUCCUCCCAUCUCAUUUCCUCUGUCGUAAUUGUCAAUGAAGAAAUGGCUUGUCCGGGUCUCACCAAGGCCCAAUGCUACUUGAAUUCACACAAUGAGAAAAAGACACGAGGAGCCUUGAAAACAUGCUUUGAUCAAGCAGUCGUAGGUGGCUCGGCUUCCAAAGCUGCUAAUGAAGGACAGACAGAAAAGCAUCAGCAACAACUCGUCAUCUUGGACUCUUUGAAUUACAUCAAAGGAUUUCGCUAUGAGUUACACUGCAUUUCCAAAUCGGCAGGAAGACAACAUGGUGUCAUUUGGGUACUCAACUCCAUGGAUCUGGCCAAGGAGUGGAAUCAAAAGAGAAAUCAGCAACAACAACAAUCUGAAGCAGCAAAUAGUGACAAACCCCACUACUAUUAUUCGGACGCGACCAUAGAUGAACUCAUCCUCCGAUAUGAGCCACCCGACGAACGAAAUCGAUGGGAUAAGCCACUCUACAAGGUAGACAUGAGACCACAGGAAUUGAAGUCGCAGCAACAAAAUCAGCAGGGAAAGACUGCGGGAGAGAUAUUGGAAAAGAGUGUCUACAAUAUGCAUGCUUUGAGUGAUGUAAUGGGGUCAACCGGACAAGAAAAGGAUCCAGCACAAGCAGAGAACGGUGGAGUUACCAGGGAAAACACAUCUGAUACAACAGCAACAGCUGCUGCCCCCAAGAAAAAAGGUUUCAAAGGCUUCAAACGAGCUCCAAAGACGGCCAAACCAUUGGCGGCAACCGUGAUCUCGGCAGCUCCAUCUACAGGCUCUAGUAACAACGCAACCGACAACAACCCAUUGCACUCCAACAAUGCAAACAAUCCCAACUCUCAGGAUGAGCCCAUAUUGUAUCCCAAGGACUUUCUAUAUUCCUCCAAACCAUCGGAACAACCAAUCCAUACAGAUGCUUCGUCCAUGGACGGAAUCAAUGAUUUCAAUACCAACAACAAUGACAAUCCGCAACUAAGAGGUGGCGAUGCACCAUCGGUGAUCAGACGAGGACCCAAAAAGGCACCCCGACCAGCACCCAAACAGCCUGAUCCCCUCACUUCUGUGGAGGAACAAGUGGAUUGCAUUCUGGAUGCCUUUUUGUUGCAUGUCAAACCAUUGCAAGAAGGAUCCUCCACACGUCCUCAUGUGGCCGUCAGUGCCAAUGCAUUACAUGAAAUGGAUGCCGUUACUCAAUCCGUCUGUGAUACCAUUGUGCGAGGAGGAGGUGGAGUUACUGUUGGUCGGAUUCCCAUUGUCUUAUCACAGAGCAGCAAGCAGCAACAACUGUUUCUAAAGACGCAUCGAACAUUGUCCCCAGCCGAGCUGAAACGAUUACGACGUCAAUAUCUGCGAUGGGUGGGGGCCCAUCCACCGGAGGAUUGUGAAACUGAAUAUGGAAUCGCAGAAUCCUUUGUUUCCUACAUUGAAGCCCAGUUAUAG